CAUUUCAUUCUUUUCCACCAAACAGGCCCUAAGGACGUACAGCUCUCCCCACGCCAAGAAGCAAGGCCUUAGGUUUUGGCCGUGGGUGAGCUACUCGAAGUUCGAACCAGCCAUAGCUCGGUGACGAUCAUUCCCCCAACUCUCUUUCGCCGGUUAAUCCUUGAUUCUAGAGAGAAGUUGUUUGAGAAGGAGAGGCGGAUUGUCCGGCCGCCGUUGAGGCCGGUGGGAAAGCAAAAGGAUCAGUGGACGCCGAAUACGAAGAGAGAUUGAAUGUGGGAGUUUUGGAGAAGGCAUAAGAGGAAGAUUUACCUUACUGCUGGAAUUUUAGGAAGUGGGUAUCUUCUGUACAAGCUUUACGAUGUUCAUCAGCGCAGACUAUCUGAUCUGGAGAGAAAACUGGCCAGCGAGCGGGAAAAUGAUGAACUCAUUAAAACCCAAAUGCAAGCGCUUUUUGCGAAUAUUCAACGAAUAGCAGAUACAACAACGUUGCCUUAUUCUAUGCACUGCUUAAGUAGCCGAGUGGCAGAAGAGCUAGAUCUUUCGCACUUGACAGAGAGGCUAAGAAGAGCGAAGGGUCAACCCAACACCCUGACAAAUUCUGAAAAACUUGAGCUAUGGGAUAGACUAAAAAUUCUAAGUUUUACGAGAACGGUGUUGUCUCUCUGGGCAAUGACUAUGGUUAACUUAUAUGUUAGAGUUCAAGUCAACAUAUUAGGGAGACAUUUAUAUAUCGACACCGCACGUGCUCUUGGAAGUUCUAUUCUGCUUGAGGAAGUUGAUCUCAUUAAUGACCAGCAGAAGUUUCUUGCAACUGCUGACUUUCUUGCAAACUGUGGCAUGCCUGAUUUGAUCUCUAACAUGCAGGCUGCAGCAUCUGAGGUCCUCAAGGGAAACCAGUUGAAAGAUGUAUUUAACGCUUCUGUUCUUCGUGAAACCAUUGUUGAAAUAUUGGACGUAUUCAUGGGUAUGGGAGGCCCUCAUCACUGGUUGUGUUAUUUAAUGCCAGAGGAUGAUAGAUUCAACAAGCUUGUCCCAUCCUCAGAUAGAGAUGGUAGAGAUAUUCCUGAUGUUACCAAAUUUGAUCAACUCAUGGAGGAGGCCUAUGCAGUGGUAUCCAGUGCUGAGUUUGCGAAUAUUGUUGACGUGUCGUUAAAAACUCUGGUGGAUGCUCUAAUGGAAGAUAUCAAGGCUCAAGUCGGAGGCGGCAAUUUGUUGUCAGGGUUGCCGUUGGCCAAACUUCUACCUCAAGUUGCACAUAUUAGCCCUCUGCUGCUUGAAGAACCAAGCAAGAACAGGUUUAUUCAGAUUAUCCAAAACUUAGGUGAAAUCGAACAAUUUUUCACUCUUCUUUACGCAAACCCAUCGGCUUCGUAGCUCAACAGGAUAGAUUGUUAUUUCAUGAACAUUUGUAGCUUCAAUUGAGGCAUGGAUUUAGAAGAUUGUGUGGAUCCUUAGUAGGGCCGUUCAUUCAGAAUCAUACUGUAAAAUUAGCAUGUCUUGCUUUGCUUGGAAUUUUCUGGGUGAAAUUGUGUUCUCA